AUGGACAAAUUGCAAGUCACUGAAUUCGACGGCCACCGCGAUUUCGAAGUCUGGAAGGUCCAGGUGCAACCGUAUUUGAUCGCUAAUGGCUGGUUUGGGACUAUCGAUGGUUCCAUACCCCAGCGACCCGGAGUGGACGGUGAAAUUAGCAAAGAGUGGACAAAGAUCGAUGCAAAGGCUAAAGCGCUUCUUCUGAACUGCUUGGAGACGAAAGUGGUCCGCACGGUGAUGGCAGUCCCAACUGCGAGUCAGAUAUGGAGACGACUGUCGACAAUGUACGAAUCGAGAUGCAGGAUCUCCGUCAGCCUUCUGCUAAAGGAAUUCCACAGCUAUAAGAUGACAGACGAUAUGGACAUGAAUACUCAUAUCGCCAAUGUCGAAUCUAUGAUUCAACGAUUGGGUGAUGUCGGUCAGAAGAUCGACACACCUCAGACAGUUUCAAAGUUGCUCGAGUUGCCGAGAAAGUAUCGUCAUUUAGUGUCCGCAUGGGAUAUGUUAGAUGAAGAGAAGCGAACCGUCGAGAACUUAAUCCCACGUCUCAUGAAGGCGGAGAAAAUAGAGCAAGGCGACGAAAAACCCACUGGGAACGAAACAGUUGCGUUCGUCUCGAAGACUAAAAAGACUAAAAAAAUUCAGAGAAAGCAAGCCCGAUCAGAGGAAAUUUAA